AUUUGUAGAAUAAAGGCACUAAAGAUUCUUGUUGUUUGGAAAGAGAUUUAGUUAAAAACAAAAAAGUAAAAAGGUGUUCAUUUUUAGGUCUUCCUGUGCAUGUUUCUGUCCAGUCAGCCUUAUCCACCCACAGCAAGCCCACGUCAGAAGCCCAGCUCUGAGAGCCGUUUGUGAGGUGGAAUUACAGCAUGGGCCUUUGCUCGUACAGCUCGUUUGUCUCUGCUUUGGAAGGGACGGAUUUAUUGGAUACCUGAGAGAGCAUUCUCUCCUUCCCCUGCACUCUCAGCAGCCUGCUUAGAGACAGGCCUGCAUUAUAGAUGAGCUCCUGGCAGCCGCCCCACACUCACACCACUCAUGUUACCCGUCCAGUAGAUACACGGAUACAGUACAUGCUUUUGGCGAACACUUGCAAAAAGUAUUGAACAGAAGCUUGGAAUAAAAGUGGGAUUAAAACUAAGUUUGAAGUCGGGACUCCAGGCAGUCUGUUGCAGCUUUGUCUGCAGAGAACUUAUCUGCAGCCGAGUAAUCAGGGCUUGUUUGUACUUUGACCCGUGCCAAGUGGAGGAGCUCUACGACCGUGCUGCAGAGAGCAACAUAAACCACGCUGGCUUCAGUUGGACUAUAUGACUGUCCUCCUUCCACGUAACACAGAGCCAGGGUACUGCUCUGCCUCUCUGUCUCCUCCCUCCUGGACUUUGAUCUUUUGUGACCGUGCGCACUGUGCAGCUUCUCACUAUGUCCCUUUCUCUCUCUCUCUGUCUCCCACACCCUCUGUUUUCUACAGCUUGCUCAGGCAUGAUUGGAUUUUUGUCCUUGUGGAUUUAAAAGAGAAAAAGCUCAAGUGUCAUUUACACAGUGAUUGAUUCACUUUUUUCCCCCUUUUGGGUAGAUGAACACAGUCAGACUGUGGAUAAAAGGCCAUCUGUUUGUCUGAAAACACAGCGUGCGGCACACUUGCAACAAAUUAAAGCCUCGGCCUGGAGGAUUUGACCGGUUUUGACUUUGGCAACUCCUGGUGGCAGUGUUGGAAAAAUGCACUGUGCGUACAGAACACCUCUAGUCCAGGUACACUGACCUGCUAUAUAUGAGCGGCUACAAACCCAAUUACUACAUCAUGAAUGUAGGUACACUUACAGGAAAAAGGGCUUCAGCACAGGUGAUUUUCAGCAUUUAGACAAACCAGUGUGUUAGGACACGUCCCACUCAUCGUCACUGGGCAGCCCAUACACAUGCACGACACCAUGGGCAGCUCCCCUGAGGUGCUCUCUUGGACUUCCUGUCCAAGUCUACUGGUGGGCAAGCUGAAGGAGGAGCUCAAACUCACUGUGGUUGGGGACAGCAUGAAGAAAUCCAGCUCGCCUAACUCCCAACCGCAGCCUCCUCAGGCCCCUCUAUCCAACUUACCUCCUCAGAUCAUCACAGACCUCGCUCCGCCGACACACCUGCCCGUUCCCCUGCUGCAGACGCCUGGCCAGGAUGAGGAGUCCAUGUUGGGCGGUACUAGUCCACCAAACGCAGCCCUGAGCGUGGACUCAACUCGGAGCGAAGGCGGACACUUUGACAACAGCGUGCUCCAGCUGCAGGAGCAGGACCACGAGGAAGCUGGGUCGCCGGCAUCCCAUGAGCACGUUGGAUGUGGCAGCGGCAUGGACGAGCAUAUGGGAGAGGGGGACUGUCCAAUGGACCACAAUGGAGAGGGCAAGCCGAACCUCCCGCAUCACCCUGAUGACAUCAAGCUGCACUUCCAAAGAGCCCCUCCUGGGUCGGGAGGCUUCUUAGAGGGGCUCUUUGGCUGCCUGCGGCCUGUGUGGAACAUUAUUGGGAAGACCUACUCUACUGAAUACAAGCUACAACAGCAAGACAUGUGGGAGGUUCCUUUCGAGGAGAUUUCAGAGCUGCAGUGGCUCGGCAGCGGAGCACAGGGUGCCGUCUUCCUGGGCAAGUUUCGCUCCGAGGAAGUGGCUAUCAAGAAGGUGCGAGAACAGAAGGAGACGGACAUUAAACACCUGCGAAAGCUCAAGCAUCCCAAUAUCAUCAGCUUCAAGGGUGUGUGCACCCAGGCACCUUGUUACUGCAUUAUCAUGGAGUACUGUGCCCAGGGUCAGCUGUAUGAGGUGCUGAGAGCGGGGAGGAAAGUGACCCCAAGGCUGCUGGUGGACUGGGCCACAGGCAUUGCCAGCGGCAUGAACUACCUACACCUGCACAAGAUCAUCCACAGAGACCUCAAGUCUCCUAAUGUUUUGGUGACCCACAACGACACUGUGAAAAUCUCAGACUUUGGCACAUCCAAAGAGCUCAGUGAUAAAAGUACAAAGAUGUCAUUUGCGGGGACGGUGGCCUGGAUGGCCCCAGAAGUGAUAAGAAAUGAGCCUGUGUCUGAAAAAGUAGACAUCUGGUCAUUUGGAGUUGUGUUAUGGGAGCUACUGACUGGAGAGAUUCCCUACAAAGAUGUGGACUCAUCCGCCAUUAUUUGGGGUGUCGGGAGCAACAGUCUCCACCUUCCCGUCCCCUCCACGUGCCCGGACGGGUUUAAAAUCCUCAUGAAACAGACAUGGCAGGGAAAGCCCAGGAAUAGGCCGUCGUUUCGUCAGAUUCUCCUACAUCUCGACAUCGCCUCUGCAGAUGUUCUGGGAACUCCUCAGGAGACCUACUUUAAGUCUCAGGCAGAAUGGAGGGAGGAGGUGAAGAAGCAUUUUGAGAAGAUCAAAAGUGAAGGCACCUGCAUCCACAGGCUGGACGAGGAGCUGAUCCGACGCAGGAGGGAUGAACUCAGGCAUGCACUGGACAUCCGGGAGCACUAUGAGAGGAAAUUGGAGAGAGCCAACAACCUCUACAUGGAGCUCAGUGCCAUCAUGCUGCAGCUGGAGGUCCGAGAAAAGGAGCUGAUGAAUUCUGUGCAUCACCGUAGGAGAGAGCAGGCGGUGGAGAAGAAAUAUCCCGGCAGCUACAAGCGCCACUUAGUCCGACCGAUCGUUAGAUCCAACGCUGUGGAGAAGCUCAUCAAGAAGAAAGGAAGCAUUUCCCACAAACCUGGGAUGCCUCCCACCAAAAGGCCAGACCUGCUUCGCUCUGAUGGCAUCCCUAGCGUAGACCCUCUCCCGUCGCCCUCACCGCUGUCUGCUAGCCCGAAGGUCUCCACCCCUCCUGGCAAAGCCCGGUACCGAAGCAAGCCUCGUCACCGCCGCGCCAACAGCAAAGGAAGCCACAGCGAGUUCUCCACUGUGCUGAAACCCAUUGCUGGAGCACCAGAAGAAACCCACUCUCUCCAGGAGCAACCGAUCCACCAUCAUCACCACCACCACCCUCCUCAAACGGAGGGGAACUUUCUCCCCUUGAAAGGUCGCGAGCAGGCUGUUGUCAACUGUGCCAACAACCUGCGAUACUUCGGCCCCGCCGCCGCCCUCCGUAGCCCUCAAACUGACCACAUGCAGCGCCGCGUUUCUGGCUCCAGUCCUGACCUCAUUUCCACCGCUGUGGAUGCAGACACGCGACAGCGGACUUCAUCCACCAGCUCCAAACCUGCAUCAGGCGCUGGUGCUGGUUCUUUAUGUCCCUGCUGCCAGGCUCACCCCUUCCCCGGCUGUCUACACUGUCAGGAGACCCCUCCCCUAUCAAGCCACCCAGAGCUGCCGCACUACUCGCUGCUCAACACCCAAGAGGGCAACCAGUCUUCUCUGGGGGCGCACAACAAAGACACAGUCUCAGAUGGAGAGACCACAAAGAAGACAGAGACGCAGGAACAGGAUGCAUCCCAGAACGCGCACACACUGCCCUCUGCACUGCCCCGCACUCUCAGGCCGCUCAGGAAGGGUGGUGAUGAGUCAUCCGAAGAAGAAGAGGGAGAGGUGGAUAGUGAAGUGGAGUUUCCAAGGAGACAGAGACCUCAUCGCUGUAUGAGCAGUUUCCAGUCCUAUUCUACUUUCAGCUCAGAGAACCUGUCGGUGUCUGACGGAGAGGAAGGAAACACCAGUGACCACUCGCACAGCGGACCCCUGGAGAGGCUGAGCGCCAGUCAGGAGGAACACCUGGACGAGCUGCUGUCCCACACGCCGGACAUCCCCAUCGACAUCUCCACCCAGUCAGACGGCCUCUCUGACAAGGAGUGUGCCGUCCGCAGGGUGAAGACGCAGAUCUCGUUGGGGAAGCUGUGCUCCGACGAACACAGCUACGAGAAUCCGCUACAGUUUGGGGACUCGGACUGCGAUUCGUCAGAAGCAGAGUGCUCCGAUGCCACUAUUAGAAACAACAAAGUCGGGGCUCCUUCCUCGUGGUGAACCUGCCUAAAGGGCUCAUCAUCUUUCUUGCCUGGAGGCCAUCAUGUCCUUCUCUGCUCUGCAGAAAAUACAGCAAUAAGAGGACAAACAUUGGAAACAAAGCUCCCUAUAGCAACGUCCUAUGUAAUCUCUCCCAUAUGACCCCCACCCCUCAUCUAGCACAGCAUUCAGGCAACCCAUUGCAGGGAUUCCCUUUUGAAUGAUAAUGUACAAUAGAUAGUUUAACGUUCAUAAUUUAUUUUUGUCUGAGUUCUGAAGGAAAAUUCAGGAGCUAUGAGACUUCUCUGAUCUGAACAGAGAGGAAAUAAACAGACAUUUUGAAUCCAAACAAGGGUUUACUUUGUGAUGGAGAGAGACCAGGACUGGAAGACGGUGUAGAUGAUGACGAUGAUGAUCAUGAUAAUGAUGAGAAGGGCUUAUCAAUCAGAAGAUGAUGGCUUUCAGUGGGGAGAUGCAUAACUGCAGUAGUUGGUCUCUCAGGUGACUGACCCAGAAUAAAAGCGGCUUUCAACAUCUCACUGUUGUGGACAGACAUCUCCAAACAACAAGCAAUCGCUCAGCUCAUACUGCAGCCUGACCAACCUGCUUUAUCAUGAGUUUACAGUAUCAAGUCCCAGUACCCCACCUCCUCCGCUUCCACCCCGCCUCCCCACUGUGAGUAAAGUGGGGAGCAUGGAGCUCAUGGAAAACAUUGUGAACACCAGCAUGAACAACCUGCCUCGCAACUGGAUUUUCUCCCUCCCUGAAACCACCGGAUGUGUCUGUUCUUCAGGAUCCCCCCGCCCUCACGUAGCUGUCGAAGCAUGCUUCUGCAGCUCGCGAAAUGAAAACGCUGCCCCAAGACUGCAUGAAGCGGACAGAGCAUCGGAGAUAAAGACGUGGCCGAGAGCUAUAGGAAAAAAAAGAAAAAAGAAAAGAGACUCUUCCUCUCUGACUCUGCUCGUCCUUCUCUUAAAGACAUGCCAACGUCAUCGUCAUCAGCAAUCAGAUGUCACAGGCAGAGUUACUGAGGGAGUUAUCUGUGUGUGAGAGUGUGAGUGAAUGUGAGUGUGACAACGCAAAGUCCUUUCCUCUCCAUUAGACAUUACAGUUUCAAGUCUCAUCUCAGGAUCGUUCAAGGACUGUGAAACUGGACUGGACCAAUUAUAUGAAGGAAUGUGUUUUGUUUUUUUUGUUUUUUGAGCGGCACAUAUUAAGGACCAUGCAGGAAUACUCGAAAAGGUCUUACAGAUAGCCUUGAUGUUCAACGUUUUAUUGCUGUAACAGACUUUAAUGGGAUGUGGAGACGAGGCAUCCAGGUGCAGUAUCCCAUUUCUUGAAAUCUUCAGGUUCGGCAUGUUCCACGGAUCAUUUUCUAGCAGGGUGGAUUAUGCCGAUGUCCAAAAUGGUCAUUAUUUGCGAAUUAUAACAGCAAUAACACGAGUGAGAAAGAAGUCGCUUGUUCAGGAUCUUGCAUGUCUAGCUGGCUAGACGCGAGCACAGUGACUGGUAGCCAGCGGAGAGCGCCAGGCGUCAGAGCUGCUUAUAGAGGCUAUUUUUUUAAGUCCAGAGUGGGAUUUUAGAAUUUCCUUUAAGGCACUUAAAAUACUUAAAUAAACACUAAUCCAUUCACAUUCAAAGUGUGAAUCUUGUAGGCCAGAUUUAUUUAUUUUUCUUAAAAUACUUCCUUAUGUAGUCCCAAAUAGUUAAAGAGUUUCUUGGUUAAUCCUUUUUCACCAAACACAUGCAAAUACAGGUGCCUUUGAUCACAUGUUUAAUAAUUUAUCAGUUUAACUCUUUUCACCAUCAGCCCAGCUGCAGGGCCCUUUUAGAAGAGCUCUUUAAAUGACCGUAAUUCUGUUUCUGUUUGUGCCAGAGACACAAUUCAAAGGGUUUCAGAAAGAAGGGAUCACGAGCUUCACAGGGAUAUUUGUUGUGUCACGGUACCACAAAGCAUUCACAAGGUACUGAUGGCUGAACACGGACAGUAAAACCAACUAAGCCGAGAUGUUACCAUGUGCACUCCUCAACUGAUUUUGCCUUGAGAGAAAAUUCAAAUGGUUCCUGAAAGAUGAAAAUUAUUUUGUCAUGUGUUGUGAUAAGGGGUUAAGAAGCAUAUAGACCAAACUAAAAAUGUAUUAUUUAAAAAAUCUGAAAAAAUAUAGGCUUAUGGUUAGCUAAUGUCCUCUGUCCUCCUCAGCACACACACCUCCUUAAAUCUGGAUGGUUUAUUCAUUUAUGAUUCAAAAUCAAAAUAAAUGCUACACUUCUUCCUAAUAACUUGGAACAUUAGUGCAUGUAGUAAAGUGCAAUCAAAGGUUUGAAAAAGCAAGAGCUCAAAGAGUUCCUUCUCUUUAUCCAAAAAGGAGUGAUUGGGAGGCUGGAGCUUCGCAUUUCACACCUACAGCUAGUUAGGAAUCCCCUGUUAACCGAACCUGAAGCCUGCAUACGCAGAGACAACACAGGGAGAACAUGCAAACUCCACACGGGGCUCAAAUUUAGAAAAAUCAUAAGUUAAAUGCUAAUUUUAAUAUUUUGUCAAGAAUCUGUUCUGGUUGUUUGUGGGUUUAUAGUUGUGUCUUCAGCGGAUAAAAUGCAUGCAUGGUUGGUUCGAGGUCUUUCCCUGCAGCUUUCAGGCCAUCUCCGAUCUUUAGUGUGGCGCACAGUCUAAUCAGCGUUGCGGCUUUUAGCACAUACCACAGGUGGUUUCAGAAUUUUUGUGUAAUGGUGAGAUGUUUCGCACUUUAGAGUUACAUUUUUUUCCAAAGACUUCCAAUUCACACAAACAUGCACGGCUGCUUUUUUUUUGAAAGGCAGUCAGGACUCGACAUUGUUUUAAAGUUUUAAAAAAAAAAAAA